CUCGACAAGGUCCAGAACUUCGGGGUGCCCUACCGUCCAGACUCCAGAGUAACCAUGGUCACGGGAAAGUCGUCUAGCUCAUCCUCCGUGUUUGCUGUUCCCAAUUCCGGGCAUUCCAUCCCCAAGUGGUGGGUUCUCAUCGGAGCUGUGACAACUCUGUCGAGCCUCCUGCCUGCAGAGGUGGUCAUGACGUUGUUUGCUUUGAAUUCGCCGGAGCUGCUGUGCCUCUGAGCAUAAAAGCAGCCAGACGCUCAGCUGAAAUCUUGCUAGACACUUUCUCUAUCGCAGCCAAUUCUCCUCUGCAAUAUCCUGUUUUUCUAACAAAGUAUCCCAGUAUGAAGCCGCAGCAAUGGUUCCGCAAGCGCAGUGCCGACGGCCAGACGGCUCCCAUGUACAGUUCCACGCCUAGCCAGCUUCCAAUGCUACAUCUUCCAGACACAGUCCGGAACAAUUUCAUUGCUGUCAUUGGGGAGUUCGUUGGUACCUUUUUGUUCCUCUUCUUCUCCUUCGCCGGGACCCAAGUGUCGAAUACCCCGAAACCAGUGGACGGGGCUCCUCCGAACACGCAAAACUUGCUAUACUCGGCAUUGUGCUUCGGGUUCUCAUUGAUGGUCAACGUGUGGGCAUUCUAUAGGGUGACUGGAGGAUUGUUCAACCCUUCGGUAACAUUGGCUCUAUGUCUGAUCGGAGGGCUAUCCCCUAUCCGCGGGGCGUUGGUCUUCGCAGCCCAGCUCGUAGGAGGAAUUGCAUCCGCUGGUGUCGUCAGUGCUUUGUUCCCAGGGGACUUGAAUGUUGGCACUCGCUUGGGUGGUGGUGCAUCAAUCUCCCAAGGCUUAUUCAUCGAGGUCUUCCUGACAGCUCAGCUGGUGUUCAUCAUCAUCAUGCUAGCCGUUGUGAAGCACAAAUCGACUUUCCUGGCUCCAGUAGGAAUCGGCUUGGUAUUCUUCGUGACGGAGAUGGUCGGCGAUUACUAUACCGGUGGCUCACUCAACCCGGCCCGAUCCCUGGGCCCCGACGUGAUCAACCGCAGUUUCCCGGGGUACCAUUGGAUUUACUGGGUUGGACCACUGCUUGGAAGCCUCUUGGCAUGUGGCUUCUUCUCAUUCCUCAAGAUGUUCCAGUACACCACCGUCAACCCAGGCCAGGACUUCAACGAAUGGGAAGCAAAGAUGGGACCGGGGUCGUGGAACGACUCGACACAUCGUCCGUCAUAUAAUUCCGAUGCCACCACUGUAGAUCGGGCACAAUCACCGACGGCCGGCAGGAGAAAGCACACUCCCAGUAACUCUCAGUCGUAUGGUAAUAAUGUGCCCAACAUCCCACAUGGGGCGGAGCAGGUGUAGGCGGCCAAUCAUGUGUGAUUGGCACAAUGACGAGCGGGGAUGGAGGGGCUAAAACUUAGGACUGGCUGUUUUUGCUUAAACGCAAUGUGUUUUCAUGGUUUUGCUUUUGUUGGUCGAGCAGUCAUGUCGAUUCGUAAUACUUGUCAGGAUGUGGGGAAUUAGCACGAAGGUUAUGGUACCAUGAGGACGGUUGGUUUUCAUACGGAGCAUCCUUGGAUCUGAUCGUCAGGGGGUAAGCAAACAGGACAACAGCUUUUUUUUUUUUGGCGAGAACCGCCCUCCCUCCCCGCC